GUGGGUAGAGUGUUGAUAUAGAUUUACCUUGUCCAAUGAGCUUGCACUCUUAGUAACGUCAAUACUCCAACUAUAAAUAGGUUUGUUAUACAGAUUGGCUGUUAAUACUCGUCGCGGGGAGAUCAGCGCCGAUAUCGGCCGUGCCCAUCUGCCUAUAUAACAACAACAGAUACAACAGAUCAUCCAGUCAGACUCUACAUCUUAUCAACUCUAAACAUACCUUUCCCUACCAGACUUCCAGUAAUAAGAGAAGAGAAGAUGUCCGAAACAGCAACCUACACCCACGGGCACCACGCCUCAGUCCUACGCUCCCACGGGCAACGCACAGCGCUCAACUCAGCCAAAUUCCUCCUCCCACAUCUAGAACCACACAUGAAGAUUCUAGACAUCGGGUGCGGACCCGGCACAAUUACCGCAGAUCUCGCAACCUACGUCCCCAACGGCCACAUCACAGGGCUAGACAUGGUGGGCGACGUUCUCCCCGCAGCGCAGCAACUCGCAGCCUCGCGGAACAUCACGAACAUCGACUUUGUGACCGGCGACGCUAAUGCACUUGCUUAUGAAGACGGGAGCUUUGAUGUUGUGUUCUGCCACCAGGUUCUGCAGCAUGUGCGGGACCCUGUGGCGGUGUUGAAGGAGAUGAGGCGCGUUUGUCGGCAGGGUGGGAUUGUUGCUGCAAGAGAGGCUGAUUAUGCGGCUUUCAUGUGGUAUCCUGAGUUACCUGCGUUGAGGAAGUGGCAGGCUCUGUAUGACCAGGUUGCGAGGAAGAAUGGGGGGGAGCCGAAUGCGGGGCGGCAUUUGUAUAUGUGGGCGAGGCGCACCGGGUUCGGUGAGGUGGAGAAUACGGUGAGCUCGUGGUGUUUUGCGAAGCCUGAGGAGGUCAAGUGGUGGAGUGAGACGUGGCAGGAUAGAGUGGUCAAGUCGGCGUUUGCAAAGGGAGCAGUUGAGAAUGGGCUGGCAACUACCCAGGAAUUGGAGGAGAUAUCGGAGGCUUGGAGGCAGUGGAGGGAGGAAGAGGCAGCUUGGUUCUCGAUUCCGAGUGCUGAGAUUGUUUGUCGGAAGUAGACGAGUAUGUGUAUACUGAUGUGGACGAAAUGGCAUUCCUAUAGAACCGACCAUACCAUGGCUAUAACUUGUCUUAAUAAAAAGGACCACCAGCGACGGCAUGUUCCUCCAGGCUGGUAUUUACUUGGCUUGUUAUUGACACUGUCAUACAACCGGUAUAUGCCAGGCUCGCCUGGUACGAUUAGUGGCUCUCGCCUAACUUUAAGGCCAGCCCAAAGGCAAGGAGACAGAACUGUCGAUCUGCUGUAACUGCG